AUAGGAUUUUGAUAAGGUACCCCGUACACAUUAUUAUUGUCUUUUGGAUGUAUUUCCCAUUUAAUUUUUCCAAAAUUAUUUAUAGGACUGAAACUUUAAAGUGUGGAGUAAUGCGGAAACAGUCGGAAAUUAAGGCCAAAGACUUCUAAAGUUGAACAACGGAAAGCUGCAGACACCACCAAAAAUUUCAUAUUCCCAAGGGUUCUGAUGUCACCUUGAUAACAAAGGAAGGAUUUUACAAACUGUGAUUUUUAGCAUCUCCCAAAGAGGCAUCCACAGACCAGCCUUACCCAUCAAGGACGGAUUUUCUGCUAGUCUUAAGUGCAUAUUUUAUCUAAGGUCUGAGCAUUAAAAAGAUCCGGAAUAUCCUACAAUUUCCCUCAGACAAUGUAAAUGUCUGGCUACGAAAAUUAAUGUAUACAUAAAACUGUUAGGUGACUCCUGUAUCAUUUUCUUCCAAGUAUCAAGAACAGUGCUAUUAGCCGUUGUGAACUUUCAUUGGGAGCUUUGAGAGGUGACAGUGAGUCAAGAUAACCCUAAACUGGAACUAUUGAGUGCUACCACCUUAACCGAGUUUGCAAAACCAUUGAGUGCUACCAAAUCUACAAACCAUUCAGAUACUGAACAGAAAUACCGAGAAAUGACAUAAAACUUGCUAAGGAGGUUGAAAGUAAUAUACUGGAAACAGAGAAUGCGAUAUAAGUUCUUGUCAAGAAAUGAUAUUAGUUAAACGUUCUGUUGUGGAUAGUCAGAAAUUCUAGUGUUAGCGGUGUAGUGGUUUUAUGAUACAAGUGUUUACUGGAGAUGAAUAUUAAUGUGCACAAGUUUUACAACAUUUCUGGGAUACAGUUAUAGUAGUUUUACCAAGGAGAAGAAAAAAAAGGAUUAGUUAAUGUUAAUGUGUAUGAUUGGCUGGAAUAGAAUCGGAUUUAAAUGAAGAGUAGAUAUUUGUAAGAUUUGAACCGAGGAGAUUUUCGUUUAAAAUAGCUGGAAGGUUUCAGGCCCAGCUCAGAUUUUGUGUUGUUUAUUUUCUUCACCUGGGUUGGAUAUUAUUUGUGACAUGGAUAUAUAAACUGAACAUCAGAAACACAGUACCAGGUACUUGAUGAUCGAUUACGGUUAGAUUAUACUAAAUCCAGAAUGGGUUUUACCCACAAGAAAAAAAAUGGGCCACAAGAAAUCUCAGUCUUCUUCCUGUUGACCUUGUUGCUGGUUCAUAUAAAUGAAGUCUCAGGAGUCCCGUCAUUUACAGACUUUUUCUUCUCCACCGAACCGACAGACGUGAUUGGCUACAAAGGGAAAUCACUCCGCAUGCCUUGCUCCGUCGUCCAUGCCAACCGUGGAGCUCCAAUCAUAGACUGGUACAAAAAUGGCGCUAAACUGGACAUCAGUCUCGAUAGAAGACUCUCCAUUGAGGUGGAUGGGACCUUGGUUAUUUCUGACAUUGUGGACAGAAAGGUGGAGACGGACGCUGGCAGCUACCACUGUUCUGCUACAUGGGAAGGGCAGAUAAUUCACUCUAGGAAAUGCAGUGUCCAGGUGGCAGGCAUGGAGAGGAAUUUCUACAUUGAACCAGAAGAUGUAGAAGUCUACCUGUCUGACACAGCAAUGUUCCAAUGUGCUAUAGAUUCCAUACCUGCAGCAAACAUAUCAUGGUUUAAAGACAACCAACCAGUCAGUGAUAGACCAGGAAAGUUUCGAAGCUACCCAGAGGGGGUGUUAGAGAUCUACAAUGUGGAAUUCGGGGACCUGGGCUCGUAUUUAUGCUCUGCCGAGGGUGUGGAACGCAGUCGGAGGAGCCCGGAGGUGAAACUGUCACAGAAAAGAGCGGUGAUCAGCGACGAAUUUGAAGGAAACAUUCCGGAUUUCACCCUGAAACCACGUGACACGUCCACCCUGGUGGGGUCAAAGGUCAUUCUCUUCUGUGGCUCAUUUGGUCUCGGCUCCGACAUGAGCAAGCCUACGAUAACAUGGCUGAAAAAUGAGAGAGAAAUAGACUUAAACAAGGACGGGCGGGUUACGAUGAUCGGUGGAGGGAACCUGCAGAUUUUGGACGUUAAAUACUCCAACCUCGAGGGUCAGGAAUCCGAUGACGCUACGUAUACGUGCCGGGCGGAGAAUGACGUCGAUUCCAGCGAUGCAGAGGCUCGAUUAGAAGUUUUAGUUCCCCCAGUGUUCACCACCCAGCCACAGAAUCUGUUUGCCAAUGAGAAACGCGACAUCAUCGUACCAUGUCAGGCAUCAGGGCAUCCGAAACCAAAAAUUACUUGGUACAAAAAUGGCGAAAUAAUCGCGGGCGAGGCGGGCGAUUAUGUCCGUGUGAUUGAGGACGAAAAUUUACAGUUCCUCGGACUGGUUAUGUCGGAUUCUGGAUACUACCAGUGUUUUGCUGAGAAUUCUGUCGGAACCAUUCAGGCGACAAUGCAGCUGAAAGUUGUACAACAAAACUCCCCAUUACCCAUAAGUCCUAGCACUCCCUCUAUAUAUUACCACGUUCAACGCUCAGGUGCAUACAGUGCAACGAACCCCGAUGACGUUCCAUCCCAGCCCACCAGUUUGAUGGUUGCGAUUGUUUCUACCAGAUAUGUCACACUCACAUGGUCAGAACCCGACAGAAUCGGGCCGUCAGAGAUUAUUGCGUACAUGAUCAAAUGGGUGGAGACUGGCUCGGAAAGAGAGAGAGUGACGAACACUACACAACGAGAGGUGAACAUUCUCCACCUGAGGCCCAACUCAGAGUACCAGUUCUGGGUGUCGGCAUUUAACCGAUACGGGGGAACUAUUGUACCAGCGAAUAUAAAAAUCCGGACACAAGAAGAAGAUGAUGUGCCUACAGAACCACAGAAUGUUCAAGCUGUGCCGUUAUCGCCCAAGAGCGUUGAAUUAACGUGGGAACUUCCGACCCAGACCAAGGGGAGAUUGCUCAACUACGCUAUCUUCUACUAUACAGACAACGGAGUGGAGGAGGAUCAGGAGGUUCAUGUUGACAGCUCGAAAACAGAGCACCUGUUUACUGACCUAGAAGAAUACACUGAGUAUACAUUCCGGGUUGUCGCUAACAACACUAACGGUGUGGGGCUGGCCUCGCCUGAAGUUACAGCACGGACGUUCUCAGACAUGCCAUCAGACAUGCCACAAAACUUCACCCUGGAGACAGCGAGCUCUACGAGCCUCGUUGUGAGAUGGCAGCCUCCAUUAUUACAACACUGCAAUGGAAAAAUCACCGGUUACAAGAUCCGCUACAAGAAGAAGGGCGCCAAGCAGGGUGCAACAGUCACAACUGCAGGAGAUCGAGUGCUUUACGCGCUGACUGACUUACGGAAAGACACGCAAUAUCAAGUCAGAAUCUCUGCCCAGACAGUGAACGGCAGUGGACCUCCGACAAAUUGGUUAAAUGGCAAGACUUAUGCCGAUGAUCUCGAUGAAUCCCACGUCCCGGAGAUGCCAGACCGUCUAGUCGUCCGUCCCGGCACAAACUCCCUGAUUGUGCAGUGGGUCCCUAACAGGCGUUCACAGUACCUCGUGCGAGGGUAUUACCUUGGUUACGGCAAGGGCAUUCCCGAUGUGUACCGCCAACUGUUUGAUGCAACCACGUUCUUCUAUACAAUUGAAAAUCUGCAGCCAGCCUCAGAGUAUGUUGUCUCCAUCCGAGGUUUUAACCAGGCUGGUGAAGGGCCGCCAAGAUAUGAAACUGUCUUUACCUUGGAGGAAACAGCCGAGGAGCCCAUCACUCCAAUGCUUCCUCCGAUAGGACUCAAGGCGCUGGUGUUAUCCUCCCAGACGAUUGUACUCACAUGGACCGAUAACUCACUGGGAAAGAUUCAGAGGAUAACGGAUAACCGAUAUUAUACGAUUAGGUAUACCACGAUUCCAAGCAAGGGGCGUUACAAAUAUUCCAACAGUACCGAGCUGGUCCACCACAUCGAGGGCCUGAAACCCAACGCCAUGUAUGAGUUCAGUGUUAAAGUUACGAAGGGGCGACGAAAGAGUAGCUGGUCCAUGGCGGUGGCCAAUAAAACCCAGGAAGCUGCACCAAGCUCGAUACCCCGUGAUUUAACAGCUGUCCCGGUGGAGGGCGACCCGCUGGCUGUGACCCUGAACUGGCAGCCCCCCCAGAGGCCCAAUGGUCAGAUCACAGGGUACCUGGUGUUCUACACAACAGACAACACCAAGGAGGACCUGGACUGGGUGGUGGAGGGAGUUCUAGGGGAAAAACUCUCCCUCACCAUAACCGAACUCACACCCGAUACUACGUACUAUUUCAAGGUUCAAGCCAGGAACAGCAAGGGUUAUGGCCCCAUGUCUCCUACCAAGAUCUACAAGACCCCUAAAGUGUCAGUUUAUGGCGGUGUUCGGCCCAACUCUGGAGUCGGAGGAAAGGUGUAUAAUGGAGUCGAUGGGAAGAAUUACGUCAACGAGGGUGAAGAUCCGAAAGAGGGAACUACUGAAGAGAAGAAAGGUGGACUGGGAGGAUUAUCUCAGAAUGUCAUGAUCAUCAUCAUCGCGUGCGUUGUUGGGGCGACGUUUUGUAUCGUUGUUGCAGUGAUCACUGUGUUCCUUUGUCGUCGUAGAGACCACGCAGAGAGAAACCGAAUGGCUCGAAUUUACAAAGACCCAGUCCAAAAAGCCAAAAGCCCCAAACCAUCUGCCCCUCCACGAGAGGGCCAGCCCCCUGACCUGUGGAUUGAUCAUGACCACUUGGAGUUGAAGAGUAUAGGUAAAGAUGAUCGAGGGGAGUCGUCUGUGUCCAUUGCAUCGACGAGGAGGAAUUCACUCAGUAGUGUGCACACAAAUAUUCCAGCUGACAUCUACAACCUAUCAGGAAGCGAGGCAGAAGAGAGGCUACUUCCUCCAAGCUAUAACCAGCUCACAAAUUCACAACAACGAAACAUUAUUCGGCCAAAACCAUUAAAAUUACCAGUAGACGCACAAACACACAGGGAACCUGUUGCAAUGGUAGCUGGUUAUCCGAAUAGCAACAUAAUGACGCGGUACACGCCCGCCCCACCCAGGCCCGGGAGCCCAGGGGAAGACUCAGGUGUGAUACCCAUGAGGCCCGUGUACCCACGGACCCAGUAUCAGAUGCAGUACGCCGCCCAGGGCCCUCCAAGGGUGAACGCGGGUGACAUCUCAAACACUGCCUCAUCUGGGCAUGCUGGGUACCCCAUGGAAUAUGGCUAUCGCCUGGUUCCCUGCAUGGAAGGAGAUGAUCAUGGUCACCCAGAAGCUUAUGAUGAAUCACAAAUGCACAGAGUUGGCUAUGGCGGAUUCACUACUCCAUCUCAUCAUGGCUCUCUCAAUCGAAGACACAAAGCUCGCACCCCUAUUACUGGAAUAGCCUCGCCCGUUAAACACAUGUCAUCCAAUGAUAUUUCAAUAACUGAAAGUACAUGUAUGACACCUGGAAUAGUCCAUUCCAAUUCGGGGACCUUUGCUUUUGGUCGUACCCGAUCCCCUCUUAGGAGUUUUAGUGUACCUGACUCCCCUACUGGAAAGUCGAGCACUCCCAAACAUAUAGUGAAGCCACAACAGACAGCGACCCCAUUUAAAAAGGUUCACACGGCCCCUCCCAUUUCUAGUGGACCAAUCAAACCCCGCGCCAUGAUGGCCCCUAUGGUGUCCCCUAAAUCUGCUCCAGAUGUUCUGAAAACAGAAGCAGAAGAAGACAUUCAGAAGUCAGUGAGUACAGAGGAAUUGACAGCUGAAAUGGCGAACUUGGAAGGACUUAUGAAAGACUUAAAUGCCAUAACACAACAAGACUUUGAGUGCUAGCACAAGACUUACCAAAUUACUGCAUUAGAAAGGUUAAUUGUAUGAAUGCUAACACAUGAAGACUGGUUUGUUGGCAUGGGUUAGUGGUGUACUAAAUUAAACAGUUAGUUAUGUGACUUGAAUGCCCAAACACAAUUAGACUUGAGAGCUGACAUGUGACUUAGUGUUUUAUUGCAUUAAAUGGUAAAUUGUAUGGCUGAACGCAACAUGACUGUGUUGUACCAAAUGUCCAUUGUGUUAAACCUCAAGAGUACAUUAGAAUCUUUCUGAAGAUAGAACAUUAAAUGUCUGUUGUGUUACUACUUUGUUAUUGAGGAUGAGGAAGACUUUUGACUUGUGCAUUGAGACCUCAUUUUGCAAAAUGGCAUUCUAGUGAUAGUGAAUACAAAAACUCAAAGAAAGAGUUCUAAGUAAUUUAGAAAAGAGGAUAAAUGGGUGGACAAUGUGAUUGGUUGUUUCAUUACCCAAUGGUGUGUUUAAAAUGGCAGGGUGCAUGGGAAUAUUUAUAAAACCAGGAAUGGACAAUAUGGUUUGAUGACAUUUGUGCAGUGGAUUAUGAAAAACUGGAAAAGACGCAGAAUGGAUUCAAGAAUGGAUAAAGAAGAAACCAAGGAUGUUCAGAUAUAUACAUCGUAGCAGCUCUGUUUGGCUAAAAGAUUAUUUACUUAUUCACCAAUUAUAAUUCAAUUAUUGGACAAUUAUUAUUUAGUUAUGUGUUUAUAUGUAACUGAUAAUCAAAGAAGAUCUGUAUACUGCUGAUUUUAAUACAAUGUACCAGAAUUAGGAGAUUGUUUUUUUCUUAUAUAAAUUCUGAAUCAGUUGUAGGAAAUACAGGAUGUUGAAAAAGUAGGACUUGUAUUUAACUCUGAACAUUUAUGAUAUUGAUAUGUUGUACAGUAUGAAAUGUUUUGAAAAUCAGAAUCAAAAUGGUGCCAUUGUUUUCAUAAUAUUUGUACUCAUAUUCAUAAUCAUAUACAUGCAGUUAAGGAAUUAUUUGCACGCAUAUCAUGGGCAUAACAUUAUAAGUUACACCAUUUAUUGCCAAUUUUGUAUUGUAUUUUAUUGAUUUUAUAUUUUCUGAUGUAAGUUUUAUAUAUUUUAUACUAAGUGAAAAUAUUUUAAUUGAAAAUGGAUUGUAUUUCUGAUAAUGGAGAGCAGUUAUAUAGAUUGAUGUUUGAAUUAAACUUGCAUCAUAAUCAACGCUGUAUGGGUUAAUAGUUAGAUACAGAAAUUGCCUCUUCCCCAGCUUAAAUGAAAAGCAUAAUAUUCUUGCUUCCAAAGAUCAACCACAUGUGUUUCUGAUGAUCAUUUCGAGUACCGUAUACCGUUUACAUAUAGAGUAAGAGACAUUGCCUAUUACUAGGCCCUAUAUCAUGUUAACCUGGUGUUUUCCAAUUAUCAUUUUGAAAUACACAGGCAUUAUAAACAAGCUUUGGACUAAAAUGAACAUUUAUUGCAAUUUUCAAGCAAAGAAUCAGAGAUUAAAUACAGGCCAAUGUUAGUUACUCAUCAUAGUGCAAGAACUCAACAUCUGCUUCUAUUUGUAUAUGCAGCUAUUGACUUAUUGCAUUAGGGUGACUGUAGUUCUGUUUUAUUUAUCAUUUAAGCAAUGCUGAUGCGAAAGUUUGGACCAUAUUUCUAUGUGGUGAAUCAUUAUGAACAAGGUCUCAUGUGUAUAUUGUGUUAUGUACAUUUUGUAUUGUUUUAUCUCUGUGUUUAUUUUAAGGGUGUUUUAUUGUGUUUUUUAUGUUUGCUGAUAUAACUUGAUUUGUAGGGGUUCUAAAUUUCAGGAUGAAUCAGAUUUCAACUUCAGACUAUUCAGAUGUAAGAAUCUUUUUUGCUAGCACAUUAACAUUAAUAACAAUAGAAAAACCCUUAAAGCUGCACUCGCACAGAUUAAACGUUUAUGCCACUGUUUUUAGUUUUUGUCUUAGAACGAGCCAUUUUUUUUUUUCGAAAAUCCAUGGAAACCAGUCAAUAUUAAUGCUGAACAAAAAUUAGAUCACAUAUUUUUAUAUUAAAUUUCAACAAUUGAUGUUUUGUGCAUUUUUCUUAAACCGUUAGUAACGUUUAAGCCAUAAAACAUUAAUUUUCGAAAUAAAAUAUAAAAAUUACGAUUUGAUAUUUCGAAGCAGUCCUAUACCAUUGGUUUGCAGAUUUUUACGCAAAAUAUUUGCUCUUUCGAAGACAAAAAAUAAAAAAAGUUGUAAAAAUGGUAAUCUGUAAAAGUGCAGUUUUAAAAGGGGUCUAGGCCACAGCCUUCCAAAAACAGCAGCCUAGAAAGACCAUUCAAUAGGGGGCCAGGCCUUAAAGUGUACUUUGGAAAUAAGUCCCUUUUAAGGGUUAUGUUUUAGGAAUUACAAUUUAAGCAACCUUUAAAACCUUCGAUUGCAUGAACCACAGCAAACAGAAGUGGUCUAAUUGUUAACCUGAUGUAAUCUAACAAUGGUCGUAGUUUCUUCAUACUGAAAAUAGAAUUUUGGUUACCACGGUGUGAUGUUAGUGUAAGCCAUUUUUUCUUUAAGGCAUUUUACUUUUUUUACUUUGCUUAAAACAUAUUAAAUACAGAGCCAAAAUCUGAUAAUUCAAAAAAUGUACUGAGACCCUUUUCUGCAUGAACCAUUCAGAACUCUUAGGCCAUUUUCAUUGUAAAACAACCUCUGUUGUAUAUGAUUCUUAUCAAGUUGAACAAAUGAAGGUAGAACGUUAUGGAAUUAUACUUCCAUGUGGAGAUACAACAGUUAUGCAUCCAGAAUGUUUGGAUUAUUUCGUUUUAUUUUUUAACUAUCAUAAAAUGUUAACCUAUUCCAUGUCUUCUCAUAAGUUCUAUGAAUUUUAUGUUUUUAAUGCAAGAUAUCUGUUUUGUUAAAUACCUAAUAUCUUUUACUAUGAGUUGUGAACAAUAUUGUUUUACAUUAUUUUAGUUUGUUAUUUUAUGAAUUUCUGUUACAUAUUUUCUUGUUGCAUAUGUAGGAAUACAAGUAUAUCUAUCUUAUUUAAGCUGUUAGAUAUAGAUUAGUGAUUGGUCAGCCAUUUUUUAAAUUUAAACCUCCACCUUAUAGUACUACUGUUAGGUUACAUAGCACCAUUUUUUACUGACAACAUUUGAACAGACGUUUUAGUGCUAAAGGGUCAGGAAACUUGGAAUCUGAUGUGUAUAACUAUGCUAUGGGGACAAAUUUUGUAACCAAUAACUCAAUAACUGUUGCAUGACGUGUUCAGGUGAUCAGGAAUAAGACAUUUAGAUAUCCGACGGCUUCCAAUUUGGUGCAUAUCAAUACCACUGUUAGGCUAUUGUAGAUGUAUUUUUUGACUUUCUGGCAAUGGUCAAAUAAUGGCGUUGCAAAUAUUAAACCUCACGCAUUGUACUCAACAAAUGGUGAACACCACAAUUUCUUUGUAAAAAAUAAGUUUAAAGCAAGUAAUUUGUCCAAAUGAAAUGAGAUGAUUAAAAAAAAAUCAAGUUGGAUCAUGAUGAAACGAAAGAAACAAACCUUGAUAUUUUUGUAAAUUCAUUAUUCUAUCACUUCUAAUUGUCUAAUAUCUUCAUACAAUAGUGCUUAUUGUUUUAUAAGUUGACUAAUUGUAUGGGGGAUUUUUGUAUAUUUUACAUCGCAUUAUUUUUUUUUAUCAUUUUGUAUAGUUGUGAAUAGAGCGAUAACUUAUUGGUAAUAGGAUGUGUACAGAACCAACGUUCAAUUAACGUGUUGUGAGCAUUUUACGUUUUAAAUUGUGUUUUAUAUGUUUUUAUUUUUAAAUAUGUCAUUCAUAAAGGGACUCUUACAAUUUAUUUUUUAUUACCUGAUGGUCAUCGGUUUAUUGUAAAUUAUCACGCAUAAACACGUAUUAUAUACAUGACAUAAAACACUAACAAAUACACAGGUAAUUUCAUCCCUAAAGGCAUAUCAGUAACCAUGUCAUAGAGUAAUGUGAAAAUCUAUCACAUACAUUCAAUAUAAAAUGAGAACUGCUUAUGUUUUAUAUGAUCAGAUAUGGAUAUUUUAAUGACCAAUGCAAUGCUAAAAAAUUGAAAUCAUCAUUAGAAAAAAAUGGUGUUCACAAAUAUUAGAAAAUAUGAAGACAAAAAUGCAUAUUUUUAUUAUUUUCUUGUCAGUUAAAUAGUGUUUGAUGUCUGUAAUAGUAAAGAACCCUUUAUAAAAUGAAUUUGAUACAGUUUAAUGUCAAUUCAUUUCUGUGUGUGUUUUUAUCAUGUUUUAUUGUCUCAUAAAUUUUGUCAAUGAUUCGUAUUCAAUUCAUGGUUAGGAAUGCGCUGUGAUGUUUUCAAUUGCAUUAGUCCAUUAAAAAGUGAAUUAUGAUGUUUUCAUUUAACUUGUCCAUUAAAAACAUGAAUCACGAUGUUUUCAAUUUCACAAGACCAUUAAACACAUGGAUAACGAUGUUUUCAUUUUAACUUGUCCAUUAAAAACAAACGUUAUGAUGUUUUCAAUUCAACUGGUCCAUUAAAACAUGUGCAAGGAUGUUAUCAAAUUCACAAAACCAUUAAAACAUGCAUAUAUAUGUGUUACCAUUCUCCUUUUCAUUUAUUUGUGUAUAUGUUUAAUUCACUUUUAGGUCAUUUUUAGCUGGUGGGUUUUUGAACAAAAUAAAGUAUUGUGAUAGCCUUGGUGUUUGGAAUGGCUGGGAAAACUUUAAUCUUGGCAGUUAGUUAAGAUCGUAUAACCGAGAUGUUCAAAUGAAACUUGAUACAAAGGUUGCCGGAGACAAUAUUCACAUGAAAGUAUAGAAUGUCCCAUAACUCCGGCUGAAAUUGUAACUCUGAUAUGCCCUUGAUUCAACCAGAAACAACAAUGGAACAGAGGAGUUUUGUUGUUCGCUACGUGGCACUUGCGUUUAAAGCUGUACUCUCACAUAUUGCUAUUUUUGACAUUUACAUCUAUCUAUAUAUAUAUAUAUAUAUGUAUUCUAAGAAGCCGCUGAUUUUGGUAUCAACUAACAAUAUCACAAAUCUCAGCAGUUUGAAAAACUGCCAAAAACUCCUUGUUCUCAAAGUGUUAGUAACGCUUUAAGCCAUAAUAUAGCAAUUUAUGAACGUUAAUAUGAAUAACUGCGAUUUGAUCUUUUGUCAGCAGUCGUGUAUCACUGAUUCCAUACACUUACGCAAAAUUUAGCUCCAAGAUAAAAUAUGUAAUACAGUUGCCAGAACGGUCAAUCUGUGAGAGUGCAUCUUUAAACAGACGUCACACAUUUGUAACGGCAUUAUGAAUUUUACAUUAGUGCCUCACAUUUUAACAUACUGUAGUUUGCCAUUCAUACAAUUUCUGAUCGUAUAUGACAUGUAUAUUUGAAUGAAAAUGAUAAUGUAAUAAAGAUGGAGAAACAUG